AUGUUCGUGCAUAAUUUUUACAAUGGGUUUAAUGGAACAACUAGAACAAUUAUAGAUGUUGCGGCGGGAGGUGAUUUUAUGAGUAAGAGUACUAAUGAGGCGUAUGAGCUAUUAGAAGAGAUGGCGAUGAAUAAUUAUCAAUGGCCAACUGAAAGGGGACAACCAAAGAAGGUGGGUGGAAUGAUGGAAUUGGAUGCCAUAUUAAUGCUUACUGCUCAAGUAGCGGCCUUGACAAAGCAACUACAAAAGACUACACUCCCAUCUCAAGCUAUGCAAGUUCAAAAUCUAUGUGAAUUGUGUGCUACAACCCAUCCACCCAACCAAUUCCCUGCUCUAGAUAUGAAUAACAUGCCCAUGGAAGAAGUACAAGCUAUAGGGAAGUAUCUGAGACAACCCAAUAAUCCAAAUUCCAUCUCCUACACCCCAGCUUGGAAGAACCAUCCUAACUUUUCCUGGUCCAAUAUUCAAAACACACUACAACCUUACCUUCAACCUCAGCCACAAUAUCAACCUGCCCAAAAUAGACCAUCGUAUCCACAGCAACAUGCACACCAACAUCCUCCACCUGGAUAUUAUCAACCACAAAAUAGACCACAACAAAUGCCAAUGAAACCAGCUGAACCUCAACCUGAUGUACUUAACCAAUUCAUGACUGAAACCAUGGCAUCCAUAAGGAGUUUAGAGACUCAAAUAGGGCAGUAUGAAGGGCCAAACAAGAAUCAGUCAGAAGAAGAAGGCCAGAAGGGAAAUACACAAGGCAUAGAAGAAGAAAAGUUUAAUGAAGAAAAGGUUACUAAAGACCUUAGGAAGGAAGAGGAGGUACCACCUGUGAGUAGUGAGCAUCCUGUUAGAAUUCCAUAUCCACAAAGGUUGCACAAGCAUAAUUUGGAUAACCAGUUUGCAAAGUUUUUAGAGGUGUUUAAGAAGCUACAUAUAAAUAUACCUCUCACAGAAGCAUUAGAACAGAUGCCCAGCUAUGUGAAGUUUAUGAAGGAGAUUUUGUCUAAUAAGAGAAAGAUGGGUGAUUAUGAAACAGUAGCGUUAACGGAGAGUCUAGUAGAUAGAUAUGUGAAGCAUUCACAUGGUAAUAUAGAAGAUGUGUUGGUUAAGGAGGAUAAGUUUAUAUUUCCAGCUGAUUUUAUAGUUCUUGAUAUAGAAGAGGAUGAGAAUGUUCCUAUUAUCUUGGGGAGGCCAUUUUUAACAACUGGGCAGGCAUUAUUAGAUGUGCAAAAAGGAGAAGGGGAAGAAGUAGUAUUUAAUGUGUUGAAGGCUAUGACUUAUCCUAAAGGAAGUGACAAUUGUUUCUCAAUUGAUGUGGUAGAAGAAGUAGUAGGGAGAAAAAAAUUAAUUAAGGAUCCUCUUGAAUUAAGUCUUACAGUUAAUGAUGUAGAUGAUGAGGAUAAUGAAGAGGCUUUGAGUUAUUUGAAGUGGAUACAAUAUAUUUAG